UUGAAUGAAAGCUCACCUUUCUCAUGCAAACUCAGGUGAUCGGGAGAGAGAGACAUAAGUUGUGUUAUGUUCUGUCUUGUCGUCAGUCUGCGGAUAUUUAAAGCGUCAUUUGACAAAUUCAACAGCUCUGUCGCAGUGAAGAAACGCGAUUUUGUGAUGAUCUUAUAACCGUUCUAGUGCUUGUGGGAUAUAUAACACAUGGAAGAGCGCCACUGCGUCGAAGUUCUGUCAGGUGUCGGCGAAAAUGAGCGUUUGGACUUUAAAGGCCAGGGCUCCCUUUAACUGGAUCUAAUUCAAGAUCUCCUCAACCCUCAGAAGAUGCUGAUGUUAGCUUCUUUACAAAAUACUGCAUCCCGAGCUGCAGCUUACAGUAGUCUGGAUGAGGUCAUAGUCUAAAGGUAUGGUGCAGUGAUCCACAUUUGGCGAAAAUUCAACCUGAACAUUAUGGUUUAAUCCUGCUGUGAGCGCACAACAAUGGCAUUUAUGGUUGCCAGAGGGAAUCGAGGUGACCAGGCAUUGGUCCUAAAGGGUGUGGACCCUGAAACAUGCAUGAUUGUUUUCAAGAACCACUGGGCGCAGGUGGUGAAAAUUCUAGAAAAGCACGACCCCUUACGCAGUAAUCUGGGCCUCCUGGGCGGAAGUCACAUUCUCAGUGUCAGCGGAGGACUGGGUGCUCUCCGUUUCGGCCAAAUCCCUGGAGAUGAGGCCAGCACGGUGCAAAACUACGUAGAGCACAUGCUCUACCUCCUCAUGGAAGAGGAUUGUGGUGAAAGUGGAGCCAUGGGUCAUCUGGAGUUUGUGGUGAUGGAGAACGUGUUGGAGAGGCUGUUUGUCUGGAGCCUGAGGAGAGAGUUCACGGACGAAAUGAAACUAGAGCAGCUGAAGAUGUACGAGAUGCUGAUCGGACAAGCCAGGCAGCCUUUACUUCAUCAUAAACCCGUGCUCAAGCCCCUGAUGAUGCUUUUGUCGUCUUGCUCCGGCUCCCCGUCACGGCCGAGCUCCGCUGUUGUGGAUGCAGAACUGGUGCUUCUCCUGAACCAGCUGUGCUCUGUCCUCACUAAAGAUCCGUCUAUUCUGGAACUGUUUUUCCAUACAAGCGAGGACCAGGGAGCUGCUAAUUUCCUCAUUUUUUCCCUGCUCAUCCCUUUCAUACACAGGGAGGGGUCGGUCGGGCAGCAGGCCAGAGAUGCGCUUCUUCUUAUCAUGGCACUUUCUGCUGAGAAUCACGUUGUGGCCAAACACAUCGCAGAAAACACGUAUUUCUGUCCAGUUUUGGCUACAGGUUUGAGUGGACUCUACUCCUCUCUGCCCACUAAGUUGGAUGUGCCCAAUGAGGAAUGGCACUGUCUGCAUUAUGAUGACUGGCAGCACCUGCCUGCUCUUGUGCAGUUCCUUAAUUCCUUGGAGUUCUGCAACGCUGUCAUACAGGUGGCUCAUCAUUCUAUCAGAGACCAGCUGGUGGGAUAUAUUCAUAAUGGGUUUCUGGUACCUGUUUUAGCACCAGCCUUACACAAGGUAACACUUGAAGAGGUGAUGACCACCACUGCAUACCUGGACCUGUUCAUACGAAGUGUGACUGAACCCGCCUUGCUGCACACUUUCCUCAGCUUCAUCCUCCUUCAUCGCCAUGACAACGUAUACAUUUUGGACACGCUAGUUAGCCGCAUCAAUACUCCCUUUCAGCUUGGCACGGUGUCUCUGGCUCUGUUCCGCACUCUCAUUGGCUUAUAUUGUGAGGAUGUCAUGCUCCAGUUGAUUUUCAAGUACUUGAUCCCCUGUAAUCAUAUGAUGUUAAGCCAGCGCAGAGUCUUGAGAGAGACAGACUGUUACUCGGUGUCAGCCGCUAAGUUCCUCGCCCUCACACCAUCCUGCUGUUCUCCUGAGAUCAUCCCACCUCCACUCAGACAGUUGGACUCCAUCCUCUGGUCGAAAGGCACUGAUGGCUCCCAUGCAGGAACUAAAGAAGAGGUUCUCCCAGAGGAAGAUGAUUGUGUCAUUGGCUCAGAGAUUCACCUGGAUGUCAGUUACCUACACUACUUAUGUGAUGCUGAAAACAGCAUUAAAAACUGCACGCAAGCAUGCCGCGUGUGGUCGGCACCUUAUGAUGGAGAGCACCCCCCUCCAGAAGAAUACCAGCCCAGUACUUUGGAAGAGGCAGGUAGGACUCAUCCGCAGAUAACCAGCAGAACAACACAGCCCCAAAAGCAUGUGCAUCAGUCUGGUCCACCUGUUAAAGAUAAUACAGCUGCACCUGGAUUAUUGGAACUAGAGUGGGAUGAUAGUUAUGAUGCUUGUCCACCGGAACCACAGCCAGAGGAAGAUCAGGACACUCGUCGCAUCCCGGACGAGCCCCCACAACAUAUCCAAGAACUGCGGAGAACUGCUAUUAUGAUUGUGAAGGGAUCUUAUAUAGAAGAAUCUGAGUUUCAAAAUGAUGUUAUGGUCUACGAUUUGGUUGCUCAGAAAGAUGUCCAUGACUCUGAUAACGCUCAUCAUGCUCCAUCCAAACAUGCUGAAUCAACUAAUUUGGCAGACGCAAGAGGACCAUCUGAUCAAAAAACUGAAUGUGACUUAUUAAAGAAAGAAUCUUCAAUGAGCAAUGGUGAUCAUAAAGACUAUGCAAAAUUGGAGGGGAAACCUGGACAAUUGGACCACAAGUCAGCAGCCCCAGAAAGGGAGGACCUUAUGGCACAGUAUGAGGAGCUGAUAAGGAGUCUGGAUGCACCGUCCAAUAGUCCUGUAAAAACAAACAUUGAACUCAGGAGUCCUACAGAACUCAUGGAAGAGGAAGUAGAGUUUACCAGUUUCUUACCAGAGACACCAGAGUUGGAAAAGAUGCCGUUGUCUCCUUUUGGGACAAAACCCCGCAGUGGGAGCAGAUGUCAAGCUGUUCCCUUUACAGGUCCGUUUGUGAGCGUGCUGCUUUCCCGUCUAGAAAACAUGCUGAACAACGGUCUACACGUGAACCUGCUUCUGACUGGCAUCCUGGCUCAGUUAGCUGCUUACCCUCAGCCCUUGCUGCGCUCCUUUCUCCUCAACACUAACAUGGUGUUUCAGCCCAGUGUCCGCUCACUCUACCAGGUACUGGCCUCGCUGAAGAAUCAGAUAGAGCAGAUGUCUGCGACCCGUAAAGACUUUCCUGAGCUCCUGACUUCUGCUCAGCACUGCCUGUUGGCCAGAGAAAGCUCUCUCAGAGAUCAGAACUCUCAAAGUCCAAAGAUCGGUGAUGGACUCCACAAUUCUGAAGCAGACAAAACCAAGCAGAAGAACCCGGCUAUCCAAUUCAAAAGUGUGGUUCCCUUAAACAGAACGGAGGUAUAUGCCACAGUUCUUUUCACAGAGUUUCUUAAGGAACUGGCCGCCCUUGCACAAGAACAUUCUAUCCCGUCUCAACUUCCCAUGGAUGAACAGGAUUCCACGUUGACUUGAUCCUUAUUUCCAAAGAUUUUUUUAGAGACUUUUAGUGAAAGCAAUAUUGUGUAUACCUCUAAAUUAGUGUGGAAACACAUUUGAUUGAUUUUUAGUUUAUUUUUUAACAUUCUUGGUAGGGGAUAUUUCGCCAUCAUAGGGUAUCUUAGGACUUUUGACAAUCCAGGUUAUGCAUCAUCAAACUAUUUUCCAAGGAACAGUUAUGAUCUCUCAUCCUAUCAAUGUCUCCUGUCGGAAAGCAGUCACUCGAUUUGACUUUAUUUCAUAUUGAUGUCUUAAAUGACAAAAUGCUGGUCAAUAUCAGCUGAGACCAAAGAAUGAUGGCUGAUGAGCAUUACGAGAUGAAGACAUCAUGGAAAGCACAUAAUGCAUAAUAUAAUGCAUGGAAUGCUUCAGACUAUUGAUGAAAAAUGACUAUGCAAACUUCAGUGUAUUUUGCAGGUUUGGUUCAGUAAUGGCCUUAUAGUAAUUGUGCCUAUUUCUCAAAAGUUCUUAAACGCCUUAACACUGUCUUUAUAGUUUUAUAAACAAGGAUUGCAAAUUCCAUGUGGUUAAAUUAUCUACGUUUUACAAAACUGACCUUUGUUAGCAUGGUUGAUCUGUUUUAUUAUACAGCAUCACUGAUAUCAAUUUAAUUUAAUUACUUUUUAAAUGUAAUUACUUCCUUGAAGAUUUUUAUAUGGUCUAAGCAGCACAUACUGCAAGUUGUUAAUAUGUUCAAAAUUUGCAACACUCAGUUUUUUUGUCAGGGUAAGGGGUCUUUAUUUAUUGGGUUAAGGUAUUAAGCAGUUUCGGAGGGGGAGAUUUUUUUUCACAAAACAUAGUUUAAAACAUUUCCUCUAUAUUUGUGUUUUGAUCGUUUGAAUGCCUGGUAUUAGAAAGAGGAUACACUUUUUUUUUUUGAUGCAGUUCACUUAUUUUAAACGAUUCAUUUUGAUUUAACACGAUUGAUGCUUUCUGUUUCGAACAUAGUUGCAUCAUUUUAAACUGAAUUGAAAUUGUAACUUUGGCUUAAAGGUGCAGUGUGUAAAUUCUAGCAGCAUCUGGUGGUGAGGUUGCGAAUUGCAACCAAUGGCUCAGUCCACUGCUCACCCCUUGCUUUUGAAAUGCAUAGAGAAGCUACGUAGCCGCCACCGGAAAAACAUGUCAUCGUCGGAGACAACUUAGUAAAAAAGUUUGUCCGUUAAGGGCUUCUGUAGAAACAUGGCGUCACAAAAUGGCGACUUCCACGUAAGGGGACCCUCGGUGUAUGUAGAUAAAACGUCUCAUUCUAAGGUAAUAAAAACAUAACGGUUCAUUAUAAAAAGGUCUUUAUACACCCCUCAUAAUUUAGUUUUGUAUAUUAUUUUGCAUUUCUUUCAAGAGAUCCUUCUAAAAAUUACACACUGCACCUUUAACUUGAUGUUUUAAUUUUAAAAGAACAUGAUUCAGUCAAACAUUCAAAACAAUACAUUUUGCUCCUCAUCUAGUUUUAAACAAACUAAAAUAGUUUUUAUUUGAAAAUCGUGUUGGGUUUAAAUGUUUCAGGGUGUGUCUACAUGAAGUAUUUGUUUUUUUCAUGCUAAGUAAAUGUGAUUGUCAUGUUCUAUUGACUUGAAGUAAAUGGGUAGAGCUUCUAUUAGACUUGAAGUAAAUGGGUAGACAUGUUAAUUUCAUGUUGAGGAAACGCGAGUUUGAAUCAUGUUCAGCCAAAAAGCUAAAAAAUGUGUAGGGUGUAUUUGUAUUAGUGUACGUAAAGAAGCAGAAAGCUAUUUUUUGCAUUUAAGCUAUGCAGUAACAGAUUUAUUUUACUUCUAGUUGAGUUUAAUCAUUGUCAUACAUAAUGUUUAUGAUGAAGCAUUUCUACAGUUUUAGUUUAUCAUAGGUUUAAGCUUUAAACAUCUCAGAUGUAAGACAAAAAGUGGCCUUUGCUAUUAGAAAUGUUCCUUUAAUUUUAUAAAAAUUUUAUUAUAGUCUCCAGAUGUAAGUAUUUAUACAAAAUUUUGCUUGCAUAGCUCUUGCACAACAACAACAAAUGUAUAUUUCGUAUGCGUAAUUCUGUGCAUUGUUCAUUUUUAUUGGUUCCCAUGCCACUUUGACAAACAAAUGACUCAGUGAAUGGUGAAACUAUGACAAAUGGGGUGAAAUACCUAAUGUUACAGUAAUACUACUUUGGUAAAACCUGAUUAAAUUUUAAUUUAAUUGUAUAAUGAAGAGAAAUACCUGUUGCCUUCCUUUUGAUCUGUACUAAUUAUGUGAUUCAUACACAUUUUAUUUUGUAUUUAUUUAAUUAUUAUAAGACCACACUAGCACGUCAAUCCAGAGAGAUAAAUUAUAUGCAUUUUAAAUGUUUUAUGUGUGUGACCUUUUUAAAAAGCAAAGAAGUCUAGAUUAAGCACUGGUGAAAUUUUACAUUUAUGCAAUAUAAUUUGCAAAAAAGCAUAAAAAUGUCACCAGCUCACCUGUGUCUGCCUCUGUUUUCUUUUCAGGCAGGGAAUUGUGUCAUUUUGUGUUAAAUUGUAAUUGCAUUUGUGUUAGAAGCACACAAAGUCAUGACAUCUUGAAUAAAGAAUCUCUUGUCCUACACUUCGAAGUAAUUUG